AUGAUUCAAAACAAUCAAGUCGAAGAUUUCAAGAGCUUAAUUGAUGACAAAUUUCAGUUUGAUAAUUCUGAAAAGAGUGGACAACUAAUUAAUUGUGCCGUUUUAAAAGAGAAUAUUGAAAUUUUCAGAUACCUUAAGAUGCUUGGUGCAAAAGAAACAAAAGAAACUUAUCAAUAUGCAGUUAUUACAGGAAACACAGAAAUAAUUAGUCUUUUAGCCGAAACUGGUCAUAAUUUUGGAGAUGAGUUACUAUUGGCUAUUGAAUUCCACAGAAAUGAAAUAGCUGAUUGGAUAAUCUCUAAUUAUGAAUGUCCAUCAAUCAAUCCAAAAUUAUGCUUACAAUUUUUAAAUAUAGAAGCAUUUUGCUUUUGCAUUCAAAACAAAAUCGGAAAUCCAUUGAUUGCUUUUCUUGAUUAUGGUUUAAUAGAUUUUGCAAAAUGUGAAAUUAACAAUGGUCAUACAAUUGAAACCAAAGAUUUUGCCAAAUGUAUCAAAAAAUGUAACAUUAGCUUAGUUGAACUUAUUCUUCAAAACAGAGAAAAAAUAAUUUCUUCAUGGGAUUCAAAGCCAUUCAAUGAAUAUAAUAUCAUUCAAUAUUUAGUCGGAAGAGACCAAAUUGAUAUAUUAAAUCUAUUGUUGAAAAAUAUCAAUGAUAUUGAGAUUUCGAAUAAUGACCUAAACGUAUGCAUUAAAAGAAGACAAAAUUCAAUUUUCAAUACAUUAUAUGAGAGAAUCCAAAAGAACCAAAUCAAUUUUGAAAAGCUUGCUCAGACUGCAGUAGAUUCAAAGCAAAACAAAAUUAUUAAAUUCUUGUUAAAUAAUGGCUGUCCAGCUGAUGUAAAAAUACAUAAAGAUGACUUAAUAACAUAUGCAAUUAGUUGUAAUGACAAAAUUUUAAUUGAUUUAUUAUUCUCCAAGGGCGCAAAAGUCAAUUUAAAUAACAAUUUUACAUUGGAUGCAAUAGCCAAACUAUCAUUUAAUGAUUUCCAGGGUAUUGUUUCAAGAGUUGGAACAUUAAAUAAUGUAAAUAUAUUAAAAGCAAUGGAAUAUUUAGAUAAUGAAGCAAUAAUUUAUAUGAUUAAAUCUGGAGCAGAUUUUAAUAGAAUUAUUACUUACACAAAUAAUAAACUGAAUUAUGAAUUAUCUCCAUUACUUAAGGCUGUUCAAGAAGAAAAUGAAGAACUUGUUAAGUAUUUACUUCAAGUUGGAGCUUCAGUUUAUAUCAAUUGCGAAAAACAUAUGUUCAUUCAAGCUUUAGAAACACAUAAUUUGAAUAUUAUUAAAAUGAUUGGAGGUCAAUAUUCUAAUCUGAGAUUUCAUACAAGACAUCCAUUAAUUCUUUAUGCAAUUGAAUCAGGAUCAAUUGAUAUUAUCAAAUAUUUAGUUUCACGUAGAGUUCCAGUAAAUGGGCGACAUAAAAACAAUAAAGAGUAUUCGAUUGAUUAUGCAAUUCAGAGAAAGUCAAAUGAAAUUAUGAAAUAUUUGAUAGAGAACGGACUUUCUUUUGCAAAAUCAGAACUUUUUUCCAAUCCAUAUCAUGAAGUAUUCCGUUAUUAUAAUAUUGAUGUUAUUGAAGCAUUAAUCAACAAACAUCCAUAUGAUUAUAACUAUUAUCGUUCUGAUCUUCCAAAAGUUUUGUUUAGAUUUUCUAAAAGCACAAUCAAAAGAAUCAACAAUUAUCAUUCUUGCAUUAAUGAUACUGAUUCAGAAGGAAAUACAGCAUUAAUUUAUGCAAUUAACGCCCAAAAGCCAGAUUUUGAUAUGAUUAAAUAUUUACUUGAAUUAGGAGCUGAUCCAAAUAAAUGUGAGAAGACUCUGUUUAUGGUCAUCGAUCAAAACAAUCCUGAAAUGAUUCAAUUAUUACUUGAUCACGGUGCAAAUCCAAAUAUAUAUUACAAAGAAUUGACACCAAUUGAAUAUUGUCUCAAAUUAAAAUCAAUGGAUAUUUUGAAUAUCUUCAUUAAAAAAGGUGGAAUUCAAAACAUUCAGCAUGAAAAAUUAUACAAUGAACUUUUGAACACAACAGAUGAUUUUAUUAAAGAUGUGACAAAAAUGUUGAUUGCAAAUAAUAUUGAUCUUAAUUUUGAAAGGUUUUCGGCAUUAUAUUUUGCUUCAUCGAAAAAUAACUACAAUAUUAUAUUGUAUUUAUUGGAAACAUAUCAAUUUAAUUCUAGAUCAUAUCAACAAACAAUUAUCAAUUUGCUUAAUAAAUCAAAGUAUUCUGAAAAAGAUUUCGCGGUAUUAAAUCAGUUAAUUAGUCAUGUAGAUAGUUUGGAUUUUUCAGAUGAAAACGGCCAAUCUUUGAUUAUGAUUGCAAUCCAAAAUCAUGAUUAUGAAUUGGCAGAAUUCCUUCUCAAUAAAGGUGCAACAAUCACCAGAGAACAUUCAAGGUUAUCUUCAUUUACGGCAUGCUUUUAUCGAGUUAUUGAAAAACAAUUGAUUGAAUUGAUAAGAGCAUUUGUCAAUGUUAUAGAUAUAGUGAAUUAUAAGGCUUUGAUUUAUUCGAUUGAAUCUCAAUCAUUAGAAAUCAUCAAAUUAAUAAAGUCAAAAAAACUUGUUACAAAACCAGAUUGUUACUUUCAAAAGUUAAUAUAUUAUCUUGACAAAUACUUCAACAAAAACAUUUUAGAUGAACUAAAGGAUAGUAUUCAAGAAGUCAUUUGUUCUGAUUUAAAUUCUUUUUCAAAAAACAUUCGAAACAUCCAACUAUUUGAAUAUAUCAUUGACAAUUUUAAUGUCGACCAAAAGGCUCUUGAAAAUGUUAUUGAAGAAUCUGUGAAAAGGAUCAAAGAUCCUCAAAUAUUUGAAAAAUUUUUUAACAAAUUGGAAAAUGUGAAUUUCAUGACAUCGAGCGGUGAACCGAUCAUUUUCUUUAUUGUUAAAUCCUCAAAUAUCUCCGCCCUUGAAUCAAUACUGAAAAGAAAAGAUGAAAUCAAUUUCGAACAUGAAGGAAUUCCUUUAAUUUUGAUGGAAUUCAUAUAUUUCGACAAAGAGUAUUAUGAUAAAUUUUAUAAUCCAGAUAUCAAGUUGAAAUUGAAUGCAACAGAUCGCAAGUUCCAAAUCACACCAUUUGCAUUUGAAUUUGCACUUGAGAAGAAGUUUCUUGAUCUGUACUACUUUCUUGAAUCAUAUUUAGAUAAAGCACAUAUAGAUAUUAGAUUGAUUAUUGUAGAAGAUCUUCUUGAAAUAUAUCAGAAAAAUUUCCCCAAUUAUGAGAACAUUACUGAACAUCUCAAAUGCGCAAUUCUUAACAAAUCUCUUCGAAUCCUGAAUUUUUUACUUGAUAAAUUAGAUUCGAUUCAAUAUGGAUUUUAUAUGAGUGCAAUUGCAUCAAGAUCAGUAGAAGUUGUUAAGAAACUCCUUGACAAGCAGGAUCUUCCACAACAUACAGAAGAUUGUCGCCCUAUUUUAUAUUAUCUAAUUAGAUUUUAUAAUAAGGACGUUUUUGAAUUCAUGACCAAGUAUAUUUCUGAUUUCGAAGAAAGUAUUAAUAUCGAUGGAAAGAUAUAUAGUUGUCUUCAAAUUGCAGUAAUAUUCAAAUCAGACAAAGAAUUUAUUAAAUUUUUGCUUGAUAAAGGAAUAUAUUAUGAUCCUAAAACUGAUAUUCAACUUGAUCCAUUAUUUAUAGCUGUUCACCUUUCAGGUCAGGAUAAAGAAUAUUACAAUGAAAUCAUCGAAUUAGUUCUUAAAUAUAAACCAAUUUCAAAUAAAGAACUUGGCGAGAAACUAUACAAUGGAGCCAUUAAUAAUAACAAUGAUGAACUUAUUACAGUAAUGUUAAAAAAUGACAAAUACAACAUUAUUGGAAAUAUUAAGGGCGAAAUCAAAAAAUCAACAUUUCACGACUAUCCUGAAGAUAAAGUUUAUGAGGAGAUCUAUUUCUGUCAAGGAGUUUAUAAUGACCAUAUUAUUAAUGAUUAUUGUGUUGAUGACUUUCAUUCUGAUGAUGAUGACUUUGAUAGUGAUGAUGACUUUGAUAAUGAUGAUGACUUUGAUAAUGAUGAUGACUUUUAUUGUGAUGAUGACUUUGAUAAUGAUGAUGACUUUUAUUGUGAUGAUGACUUUGAUAGUGAUGAUGACUUUGAUAAUGAUGAUGACUUUGAUAAUGAUGAUGAUUUUUAUUGUGAUGAUGAUUUUUAUUGUGAUGAUGACUUUGAUUAUUAUUAG